AUGUUUCUCUUGAAACUCAUCACUUUUUAUAUCAAGGGAAUAGACUACCAGCCAGGAGGCUCAUCCGCAGUUUCCAAAAUCAAGGAUCCAUUAUCUGAUCCCGUCCAAUGUGCCAGGGAUAUCAUAUUGUUUCAAGAGCUAGGAAUCAACACUAUCCGCAUCUAUUCAGUAAACCCCGACUUGAAUCAUGAUAAAUGUAUGACAAUGCUAGCAUCAGCAGGAAUGUAUUUGGUUCUAGACGUGAAUUCACCCUUGCCCAAUCACCAUUUGAAUAGGUAUGAACCAUGGACCAGUUACAAUUUGUUUUACUUUGAAAAUGUAUUCAAAAUCGUCCAACAAUUUUCAUUUUACAACAACACGUUGGGCUUUGUUGCUGGUAAUGAAGUCAUCAAUGAUCCCAUCUCUGCAUCUGUAUCAGCACCAUACAUCAAAGCGGUUGUGAGGGAUAUCAAGAGCUACAUCAACAAGAACUCCCCUCGGCCUAUACCUGUUGGAUACUCUGCUGCUGAUGAUUUGAACUAUCGAAUCCCGCUUGCCAAGUAUCUCGAAUGUGCCGAUCAUAACUUGAUGGAAAGUGUUGAUUUCUAUGGAGUAAACUCAUACCAAUGGUGCGGUGAUCAAACUUUCUACAGUAGUGGAUACAAUAUCUUGGUGAACGACUAUAAGGGGUACACCAAGCCAGUGUUUUUCUCCGAAUACGGAUGUAAUGAGGUCUUGCCAAGAAACUUUGAUGAGGUCCCAGUUUUGUACACAAAUGACAUGAUAGAUGUGUUCAAUGGCGGAUUGAUUUAUGAAUUCACUCAAGAGGCAAACAAUUACGGUCUUGUGGAAAUAUUGCGCAAUGGUGAUGUCAAAUUAUUGAGGGACUUUCUGCAAUUGAAACAUAAAUUCGACUCAAUCCCAGAAUUGGAUUACAACUUUAUUGUCGAGGCGAUGAAGAAGAAUGCCAAAGAAAUACAAUCGCGGAUCAAGCAGUCUCAGUCAACGAUUCCAAGAUGCAACGACGUGUAUCCCAACUUGGAUAUCUCAAAAGGAGUUCCAGAGACAAUUGUUGAUAUUAUGAUUGACACUGGAGUGCAUGUUGAACGUGGAAAAUUUGUGCAUUUGGACAAGAGUGAAUUGCAAACAAGUAGGGUCUUUUAUCAGCCAAAUGGCGAAGUGUACAAUACCAUUCAUGAAAUAGAUGUGGUCGUGGACUUUGAAAUUGAAGACAGUAGCAGGAUUGAUGACAAAGAGCUGCUGGAAAGGAGCACAUAUGAUGCCCCACACAAAACGAAUGAUGGUGAAAAACAAACCGCAGAUAAAGCUCACGAGUCACUGAAACACAAGAGUCAAGAAACAACGCCUCCAAAUGAGCUGCAGCAUGAUGGGGACUACUGGAAAAAUGAUGACAAGGACCAUGAAGCAAAACCCAAUGUAAUUGUGGAUACUAUCCAUAAAGUAACCGAUUCAGUUAAAAGCUUUUGGACUAGUAUUUUUACAUAA